AUGGAUGCACACAGGGAUGCACACGGGGAUGAACUCGGGGAUGCACACAGGGAUGCACAUAGGGAUGAACACGGGGAUGCACACGGGGAUGAACACUGGGAUGACCACGAGGAUGCACACGGGGAUGCACACAGGGAUGAACACGGGGAUGAACACGGGGAUGCACACAUGGAUAAACACGGGGAUGCACAUGGGGAUGAACACGGAGAUGCACACGGGGGUGCACACGGGGAUGAACACGAGGAUGCACAUGGGGAUGAACACGGGGAUGCACACGGGGAUGAACACGGGGAUGCACAUGGGGAUGCACACAGGGAUGCACACGGGGAUGCACACGGGGAUGAACACAGGGAUGCACACAGGGAUGAACACGGGGAUGAACAUAGGGAUACACAUGGGGAUGCACAUGGGGAUGCACGCAGGGGUGAACACGAGGAUGAACACGGGGAUGCACAUGGGGAUGAACUCGGGGAUGAACACAGGGAUGCACACAGGGAUGAACACAGGGAUGCACACAGGGAUGCACACAGGGAUGAACACGGGGAUGCACACGGGGAUGAACACGGGAAUGAACCCAGGGAUGCACAUGGGGAUGAACACGGGAAUGAACACAGGGAUGCACACGGGGAUGCACACGGGGAUGCACGCAGGGAUGAACACGGGGAUAAACGCGGGGAUGAACACGGGGAUUAA